AUGCAAAACAACGAAAUUAUAAAACCUGCCAAAUACUUUUCGGAAUUGGAAAAGAGCAUCCUGCUUGCUUUGGUAGAAAGGUACAAAUAUGUGCUGGAAUGUAAGAAGAGCGUCGCGCGAACUAUUGCCCUCAAGCAGUGGACCUGGCAGAUGCUGGCCCACGAAUACAACUCCCAGCCAAGCGUGUCGCUGCGAGAUUUCAAGCAGCUGAAGAAGUGCUGGGAGAACAUCAAGGCUCAGAUCAAAAAGAUUAUGGCCCAUGAGAGGAGAGAGAAGGUGAAACGGAGCGUCAGCCCUCUCCUGAGCACCCACGUCCUCGGGAAGGAGAAGAUCGCCAGCAUGCUGCCCAAGCAGCUCUACUUCCUGCAGGGCCCCCCAGAGGAGGAGCCCGAGUUCCACCCCGACGGCGCAGCCCCAGAAUCAUUUGCUGUUUCAAAUAGAGAACUGUGCGAUGAUGAGAAAGAGUUCAUACAUUUUCCAGUGUGUGAGGGGACCUCUCAACCUGAACCCUCGUGUUCAGCUGUCAGAAUAACAGCCAAUAAACACUACAGGAGCAAAACCUCUCAGGAAGGUGCUUUAAAAAAGAUGCAUGAGGAAGAACACCAUCAACAAAUGUCUAUCUUACAGCUGCAGCUGAUACAGAUGAAUGAGGUGCAUGUGGCCAAAAUCCAGCAGAUAGAGCGGGAGUGUGAGAUGGCAGAGGAGGAACACAGGAUAAAAAUGGAAGUUCUCAAUAAAAAGAAGAUGUAUUGGGAAAGGAAGCUACAAACUUUCACCACGGAGUGGCCUGUCUCCUCAUUUAACCGGCCCUUUCCCAAUUCACCCUAA